CCGAACUUUCCACCGGUAGCUCACGUACGUUUUCUCAAACAGCGACACAAAUUUUUUGUUCUUUUUUUUCUCAAGCAUAAAACUAGACCGCUUAAAAUACUUGUGUUACCUUCCAUGAAAGUGCACGUCAAAUUCAGUUGUCGAGAGAAAUAAAAAGAGUCAAGUGGAGAAAGGGUGAAAACUAAGUUGACAAAAAAUAUAUAAGAAUUGUAUAUUGACUGAAUAAAUAGUGAUAGUUGGUUAACCCUCAAGCGGAGACGGCAUAAACGAGGGGAAUAUUUGAUAUUCGACAUCAUGACACUUUUAACGACCUUCUUUACUGUCGGUACUGCUUUUUUUUUCGUCACAGCUACUCUCAACGUUGAAGGACGGCGAACGAGAAACUUGGAUAUUUUAGGUGGAGUAUCGAAUCAUCAUAUUCCACUAUUGGAUACGGUAGAGGAUAACGACAAUCAUGGAUCGAUGCCAAAAUUUGCCGAGCCGAUAUCAAACGUAACGGUGAGCAUAGGACGAGACGCUCUUCUUGCUUGCGUGGUUGAUAAUCUCCAACGAUAUCAGGUAGCCUGGGUCCGGGUUGACACGCAAACGAUAUUGUCGAUUCACGACAACGUCAUAACUCAAAACCCUCGUAUAUCAUUGACCUACAACGAUCAUCGCUCCUGGUAUCUCCACAUCAAGGAAGCGCAAGAAGUCGACCGGGGAUGGUACAUGUGUCAGAUAAAUACGGAUCCCAUGCGGAGUAUAGAAGGCUAUCUCCAGGUGGUUGUUCCACCAUCAAUAAUCGAAAAGGAAACUAGCACCGAUAUGGUAGUCAGAGAAGCAUCGAACGUCACGUUAACCUGCAAGGCGAAAGGAUAUCCUGAACCUUACGUAAUGUGGCGACGAGAAGACGGCAAAAGAAUAAAUUACAAUGGCGAGCACGUGAAUAUGGUGGACGGAGAAGUUCUUCACAUCGUAAAAAUCAGCAGGCUACAUAUGGGAGAGUAUAUGUGUAUAGCGUCGAAUCAGGUGCCACCUUCGGUCAGCACGCGCGUCUCAUUGAAAGUUCAGUUUCCACCAAUGCUGUCGAUACCGAACCAAUUGGAAGGAGCUUACGUGGGGCAGGACGUUACGCUUGAGUGCCACACCGAGGCUUACCCGACCUCAAUCAACUAUUGGACAACUGAGGCAGGCGACAUGAUUGUCUCUGGCUAUUACCAUUCGAUUGCAGGCGACAAGUACGAGGCGAUCUACCAAGAUAAUGGUUACAACAAAUACAUGAUGCUUAAGAUACGAAACGUCGAACCCAAGGACUUCGGUUCAUACAAGUGCGUAGCGCAAAAUUCACUCGGUGGUACGGACGGAGUCAUCAGACUGGACGAAAUUCCUGCUCCAUCAACGACGACAACGCAACCAACGUCUCAGGUCACAUCGUCGUUGAAGAAACCCGGUCGGCACGGUAACAAGAAGUUACGACAGCGUCCAAACGACUACGAGGUCGAGGAGUGGCGAGGUCCAGAUUACGACCGGGAGUACGGCGGCGGAGGAUCGGGUGUUGGUUCACCGACGAAAAGGCCGCAGGACGGUGAAACAAGUGGUUCGCCAUCCUGUCAUUCGACACGACUCAACCCAUUGUACAGAUUAUUUCUGGCAUUGACAUUCUUCCUAAAUCCUCUCUUACUAAUCGUCACCAGAAGGUGAUUCGCGAGUCACGUACGGGGCUUCCAAGUAGUAUUUAUUGACGGCGAUCGUGGGUGUCGCUGGUGUUUCUCGGUGCUUAAACAUCCCGUGCACGCUGACCGUGCUGAUGAUUUUAAAGUCGACUGUCACUCCGGUCGCGAAGAAAUUCACGAUAAUCAGCUAUUGAACCACGCCAUUGGGAAAAACCGCAUAAAAAUCAACGGCAAAAGUGAUCGGGUCAGUUCGCAUGCGCGGCCAAUCGUGAUCCACGUCACGAGAGGUGUGCUAAAUUAUUUUCGUACUAAAUGACUAAUUAAUUAAAAAAAAAAAAGAAACAAAAAAAAAACGACACGAAGAAUUAAAAAAAAAAUGAAAAACAAAAAACCAGAAAAAAAAUCGAAGGCAGAAGAUAAUAUGCGUCAUACUUACACAUAUAUAUAUACAUUUAUUUAUAUAUAUAUACAUAUGUGUAUAUAUAUAGCCUGAUAUGGAUAUACGCGUAUCUAUAAUUACUAUGUAACGUACAAUUAUGUCAUUAUCAUAACAAUAGAGAAAAAUGAUUCGAACGAUGCCAUGACUGUAACUACGUUACCUUAUUGGCAGGUUUUUAUGAUGCAAUCCGAUUAGGUGAAAUUUAAAAGAAUCGAUAAUUCUAUGAGAGAAUGGAGAUUGUUGACUUGAUCUUAAAAAAAUGUGCGUGCCGAUCGACUUGUAUUUGACAGCUCAGUUAUGAAAGAUUUUCGUAAACGUUUAAGCUUUUGAUCUUUCUGAUUCUCAGUGAGGGGUUUUUAUCCCUAUAUUUAUUUUCAGCAUAAUUCACUCAUCAUUUACUGUUAAAAUUGACUUUUUGUUUCGUCAAUGAUUUUUCAAUAUUUAUCGAUUCGAAAUGUACUAGGACGAAAUAGGGUCUCGGUGAGUCAAUCACCUCUGAUUUAUCUUGCAAAUAACUACAAAUUUGUUCACUUGUGACAUUCGAUGCUCACAAUUGUAGGUUUGGAUGAAAUUUUUGGUACUUCAUUUACUCAUUUUUAUCACUAAUAUUACACAUUUAAUGCACACGUCUUUGCUUUCUACUCACAGUGACAGACAUAACGAGACAAGUAUAUUUAUGAAUAAUGCACGUGUGCAAAUACUCGAGGGUAAGUGAGAGCAAAUAUGUAUGAUAAUAGCGGGUGUUGUUGUUUGUUGAGGGCUCGUAUAUGCAUAGACUGAGAGCGAGAGAGAGUCGAGGGAUCGUCAUCGAAGGAGAGACGACGAGUGCAGUGAAAUAGCGUGAAGACCGUGGACAGGACUGAAGUGCACACUUGCGCGAGGCACACUCGCACACACAGGCAUAGAGACUCGUAUACAAACACCGGAAUCUCAGGCGUCGUUGCACACUGUGGCACCGUGUUCGAACCAUGUCGAGACACACAAUUCUGUCAUCGCUUGUCUCCCUCCGAUAUGCCCCGUGUACCAGGGCCAUGGGAUCAUGCGACAUGGCAACUCGCUCUCUGGGUGUGAACACACAGUUCUGGAUAUUACUGUCAGCUCAAGAGUCCGCUGAUCUGCAUAUCUCUCAGUUAUUUCGUCUUUUUCAUGUAUGGGCUAUUUCGCGUUGUGUUUUAACGACUUUACGAGGCCAAGAGAAUCGAGUGUUGCCAUAUUUCUCAUGGUGAGUUUCGUCGUGAUAACUGUGCUCCACGUGGUGGUGGAAAAAAUUCACACGAUGCGAGGUGCGUUCCAUGCCGAGUCGGCGUAAUGACUCCUCUGCUGAGGUCUUCCUCGCUCGAAAUUCGCUGAUAACGAUCCACGCAGCGAGAGCUGUCAACAGUUGUUGGGAGGUCUAUUAAAAAAUUGAUAUUCGAAAGGGACAUAUUGAAAAUUCGAUUUGUCCUUGAUUGCCCUCUGUAAACGCAUCAUGCAGAAUACGAGAGUAGUCUAAGGCCGGCUCGAACUCGCGGGGAUGUUACUAAGAGACAGGCAUCGAGCAGGAGAGCAAGAGAGAACGGGGAUCUCGCACGUGAUGCCUUUCGCUACACGCUUUGGUAGUCCACCGGAACCGAAAGGGCCAGACGGAGACGGAGAAUAACUGACGGAGAUAGAGACAGUGAGGGAACCGAUAUAUGCGCCGUGUGAAACGUGAGUCACGUGCCGCAGCGUAGCGAGUAGAUACAUCGGACGUUGCCCGUGAAGGAAAUCACCGAAAUCGAUAGUAAAUACUGGCAACGUAUCUGGAACAGAGAAACUCUUGUAUACUCAGAUUUUAGAAUUGUUUUGCUUAUAUUUCGUGCGCACACAUCGAAGUUACUCUCCAACACAGUCGCAACAACGUCUACAAUGCUAACAGUGACUUCGGCUUGCUUAAUUGAGUCCGCUUGGAUUCACUUCGUCACCGCUCUCUCGUUCGCCAUCACGCUUCACGCACCAUGAAUACCAACCCUCUCUUCCUCCCCAUUUCAUCCUCUAUCUCCACCCCUUUCAGCCAGGAGUAAUAUCAACAGGAAGAAUUCGAAACGAGUACUUGGGAUGAAUGCCAUGAGAGAAACGCGCUUAAUACGGCUCUUCAUUUUGUUCACAUUUUCAAACAAUAAAAUAUUAUGAACACGUGAUCGUAGAAGUGGAGAAUGGAAACAAAAGUGACUAACACGCCUUGGACUUUGAAUUUUCAUGUUAUUAAAACUCUGAUCGUUGUUUUUCUGUUUAUUCUACAAGCAUAUUACACUCUGAACACGGAGGGAAGAUUCUAGUGUAAAUUACUAUGGUGCCGUAGGAGUGGGGUUCUAUAUCGUAAUAUUAAUUAAUUAUUACAAACAUUUAUAGUAAUUUUUUAUGAAACGAGAACUCGACGAAAAUGAAUGUGCACGAUACCAAAACAAAUAUAUUAUCGUACAAGGGCGAAUGAAGUUCCGCUAUAUACCGCAGUAAAUUUCUAAACACAUUGGUGGAUCAUCGAUGCCUGUGUUGGAGCUCCUCGAAUUUAACUAUGUUCAGCUGUAAAUUUCGAUUGUGAAAACAGAUUAAUAAUUAUAAUUAUAGUUUACAGUUCAUCAUCGAGUCAACAUGAAUUUGAUAAUGUUUCGUCGGUGAAGUGCGUAGGAAAAAAUAGCACGGCUUAAACCUUUGACAGAGCAAAAUACGCAAUUUAAAAGUUUUUAUUCGAAAUUCACUUGGAAGUUAUGUUUUUGAUAAAAACCUCGAAAAUGGACGACAUAGAACCCUAACACUAUGGUGACAAAGUAAUAUUUACAAUUUUUUUUCUCUCCCUGAGGGAAAUGCUAAGCCAGAGAUCCGACGAGUCAAACUAACGUGGCUCUGGUCUCAGCAAUCACUAUUAUUUUGCAGUUUCUACUCUCGCAACAAUUAAGCGGAUUGAUCAAAAUCCGCGUCGAAGCUUGUCACAAUUGCAUCCAAUUCAACAUUUUUUUAACGUAGAUUAUUUCCAUGACUUUGUUAACCAUUUUAUUUACUUGUAAAUACAUUCUUCGUCGUUUCCUGGUUUCCAAUUGCUAGUUAAUAUUGCAUGAAUAGAUAUUGGAAUGAGUAGAAAAAAUGGAUUUGUGAUAUCUUAGUUUUUAAAUGAGUGUUAUUUUCUGCUUCAUGUGAGAAUUGUAUGGUAGAAAAAUUGUUUACGAUAUAGAGUGUUUUUGCACGCUUGAAACAUUUCUAUAGGGAAGAAAAUCAAUUUUAGUUAAGAAAUGGUUUAUUGAAAAAUAUCUUUGUUACCACAUUUCAUGAAGGGUGGAUUCCCCGGAUCAAUUGAAUAUUUAACGAAAUUAUUGAGCUUCGAAAAGAUUCGACAAUCAUUUGAAAACGUCGUUAGAUCAAGCGAGGAUUUCAUAAAUACAUCGCAGAUCCAUCAAGUCAACUUGAAGGGAGAUAGUCUAACUUGAAAUGAAUUAUUUAUUUUGGAUAGAUAAAUUUCACGUGGAAAUGCGAGCUUGAUUCCAUCAUCCAGAAUCCACCACAUAGAACGUGGUUGAUGUUCUCAAUUUCAUCCUGUCGAUAACUUCGCUAAAGGGAUAGAGAGAGAAAGAGAACGAGAGAGAAAGAGAAAUUGAGAGAACCAGAGCCAGAGCCAGAGCGAUUCGAGGACAGUUCCGGGUAAACGACUUAACGACCCAACGACUUAAUGAGCACGACGUUAGCUAGCAACCGUUUUCUAUGAUCUCUCUCUAUCCCUCUUUCUCAUUCCUUUUCUCCCAAGUUCCUAUAUUGCCCCAUGUUUUUGCCAAACCCUCGAAAACCUCUCUGUAAAUAUAUCCUUCCUUCGUUUAAUGACCGAGUAUCCAGAACAGCUAUAAUUGCCAUAUCGAACUUCCUGUCUUUGACGGAAAAUGGUUUCUCGCUCUACCACAUUUUAGUUUGACAUUUAUAUUUCUAGGUAGACGAAGAAGCCCGUUUGUAACGACUUUUUUAGAAAAAUAAUGAGAUAAGUAACUAAAAUUAAAAAAAAAAAAAAAAUCUUGGCUGAGCUGUCAAAUGGUCUCGUAAAAUUGCAUUUAAAUGAAAACUCACGAGUAUAUUAAGACUGUGAGGGAAGUAUUGAAGAUUCAUCUACCGCUUACCUUAAAUGAGUUAUUAAAUUAUUUCCAGUUACUUCACUUACUCAAAUUAACUAAAUUUACGUCACUUUCAAAAAGCAAAUUUUCGUUUAACCAGAAAGCUGAAUUCAUUCAAAAUUCCUCGCUUUAUAGACGUUUUAAACUUCUCCGUCUCUUUUGGUUACAUUUCGUAAGUGCAAAAAUAUUUCGACGAAUCUUGUAGUACUUGAGCAUCGAGUCGUUGCCGUAUCAUUCGGUGGUGAUUAAUAAUUGGAUCGGAUGUACCCAGUCAAAAAUAGAGAAAUUUAUUGGUCCUUUAAUAAUUUCAAAGGCAAAUAAUUUUAAAGAUUUGAUCAUUCUGAAUGGAAGCGAGCAAAAGUAAAUUAAGUGUGAAAGAAAAGCAAGCAAAUAUUUUCGUUUUCGUCAAUCACAAAUUGUCUCUACGAGGGUCUUAAAGUUAAUGCUGUCAUCAUCAGGUUUACCAUGGUCUCUCAUCCAGUCGUAACCGAACGUACUGAGUCUUAAAACUUUUUUCAUUCAUAGAUCGUUAAACGAAGCCCUGCCAAUGACUUUGUGUUUAAGAAUCACGAGAAUUCAAACUCGAGGUGUUCGUUAGGAACUUUCCUGUUUUUUCAGCAUUCUAGAAUUCCUCUGACGCGUAUAUGCGAUACCUAAACCUUAAGAAAUACGAUUUAAAAAUAUGGUAAGAUAUUUGUCACCGUUACGGAAGGUAAAAAGAAAAGAAAAUAACAACAACAGUAUGGUGAACGAACGACGAGUAGCUCGCUUCGGUGUUGAUGCAUGUCCGCAUAAAAAGAAAAUAAACGUUAUUAAUAAUAAUAAUAAUAAUAAUAAUAAUAAUAAUAAAAAUGAAUGGGAUUUCAAAAACGCUUAUAUACGCAGAAUAAAUUGAUAAAGACGCACGUUGUUGUUCAAUAUUAUCGCAGUGCGCGUGAAUCGACAUUGAUCAAUCGAAUGAUAAUCAUAAAUUACGACCUGGCGAAUGAACAGUCGAUGAAAAAAAAGAUUUAAGUAAAUGGAAAAAUUGAGUGAAUUUAUGUUAUAAAUACACAGGUGAAUGUAUAUAUGAAUAUAUGUAAUAAUUCCGAACAUCUGUACAGAAUUUUUGAGUGCGAGACAGAUUUUUGAAGCUCCGUGCGCACACGUAAGUUUGAUAACGAAUGAGAAAAACUUAAAAAUCCACCACACGAUAUCUACACAACGUUAAAUGUAAUAACGACUUAAUAUAAAUAUAUAAAUAGACGUAAGAUAGUGAUUUGUAUCGAGGUGAGACUUUUACGUUUUUGAUUAGCUAAUUUUUAUGACGAAAGUGAACAAUCUUCCAGUCUAUCAAUAUUUUCACGAGAUACGUGAGCGGCGUCGGAGCUCGAGCGCCGAGAAUGAGUGCGUUACGAAUGAAAAUAAUAUAUUUAUUGUUUUCCUCAUGACUCUAGACUCCAAAACGGUAUAUGUACACUACACUACGGUAAUAUGUACUGCAUGGAUAUACACAUUGGUUAUAUGCGUACGUGUAUAUCUGCUCAUAUAUGCGCGCGUAUAUUCGUGCUCGAUCAAUCAUAUAGCUUGAGUAGAUUCUUAUAACUAUAAACCCAUUAACAACGAUGCGAAAUUCAUAGCUCUUGCGAAACUGAGUCAACAAAACAGUCGAAAAAACUGAUUGAAUGUCUCGAGAAAUUCCAUCGAAAUUUGAUGGUGCUGUGGCUAUGAAAAUUAUUCGGUUCGCUACGUUCAGUUUCAUUCCAUUGAGUUAUUUAUCUUCGAAGCAGUCUUUUAAUGAAUUAAUAAUAUUCAUCAUUUCUGAAAAUGUUUUCUCCAAUCACAAGUCAAUUUUGAUAAGGAAAAUUUGUUAGCACAAUCAAAGCUCAAGUACCAACGAGAAAAUUGGUAAAAAAAUAGAAUCUUGAACCGCGUAUCCUGCUUUUCCCCUCAAUAACCACGUGGAUAAAUAUUUUACCUCGUCUUUGAAACAAGCUGAUAAAUUUCCAUUGAACUCCAGUGAGCUCUUCGAAUAACGAUUUUCACAUGCUAAGAGAAAGAGAUUAAUUUACGCACAGGCGAAUUAUCACAAGCUAACGACACGAAAGAACAACACACACACAAACAAUACUACUUAUAAACUCGCUGUACAGAUAAUAAAAUUUAUAUGAAUACGAUUGAAAGAAAAAAGAAAAAUAGGAAGACAGUGUGGUAAGAAGUCGUGUUACGAAACGAGCCCCCCCCCCCCCCCCCCCGCCCGCCCUUUGCCCCUCCCCGCACACACAAAAAUGAAGAUACAGAUGAAAUAAAAUUCAUGUUAAACAUCUCUAGUAAAACGUGGGGUGAAACAUUUACCGAAAAAAGUGUCUCCAUACCUUGGCGUGAAAUGUCUGAUAAAAUGGCAAGCAUCAAUGAGCGUGCGAAAUGUAGAGAUUAUUAGCGAUUGACGCGAUCGAUUAGUCAAAAAUGAACUUAAUAAUAAGAUGAAAAAGUUGAAUAAAAAAUAACGAAAAAUGAAAAACAAAGAUGAUUGUAUCCAUGUAGAUAAUAAACUUUGUUGUAAUUAUUCCUAUAUUGAUGAUGCGUAAACAUCCGAUGGACGAAAGAAAAAAACGAAUAUAUAUAUAUAUAUAUAUACAUAUAAAUAAUACAAUGAAAUAUUCGGAGGCAAUGA